GGGAGGGAGGGAAGGCAGGCGGGCAAAACCCCGAAGGCUUCCUCCAGGCUCUGCCCGGCGCUCUGCAGCUGAUCCGCGCCUGGCCAGGCCGAUGCCCUUCGGGCGCCUGCCGCCCUCUCCCUUCUCCGGGCUGCUCCUGCAGCUGCUGCAGCCGCCGCCGCCGCCGCCUGCGGGGCCGAUUCUCUCCGCCCGGCCCGCCUCGCUCCCUCCCGCCUUCGCUUCUCCCAGCCGCGGCCAUGCCGGCUUUCCCCUUCUAAAGAUGGCGGUGGGGAAUCGCUGCAACCUUUAGACUCAUGACUGUCAGAAACAUCGCCUCCAUUUGUAAUAUGGGCACCAAUGCCUCCGCUCUGGAAAAAGACAUUGGGCCAGAGCAAUUUCCACUUAAUGAACACUACUUUGGACUGGUCAACUUUGGCAACACGUGUUACUGUAAUUCCGUCCUGCAAGCUCUGUACUUCUGCCGGCCAUUUCGGGAAAAUGUGCUGGCAUAUAAGGCCCAGCAGAAAAAAAAAGAAAACCUCCUGACGUGUCUAGCAGAUCUUUUCCACAGCAUUGCUACACAGAAGAAAAAAGUUGGGGUGAUUCCUCCCAAAAAAUUCAUCUCAAGGCUACGGAAGGAGAAUGAUCUUUUUGACAACUACAUGCAGCAGGAUGCUCACGAAUUUUUGAAUUACUUGCUGAACACGGUGGCCGACAUUCUGCAAGAGGAGAAAAAGCAGGAAAAACAAAACGGCAAACUGAAAAAUGGAAACAUGAACGAAGCAGAAGAGAACAACAAACAGGAGCUCACCUGGGUGCACGAGAUUUUUCAAGGAACCUUGACCAAUGAAACGAGAUGUUUGAACUGUGAAACUGUUAGCAGCAAAGAUGAAGAUUUUCUUGAUCUCUCUGUUGAUGUAGAACAGAACACAUCCAUAACUCACUGUUUAAGAGACUUCAGCAACACCGAAACGUUGUGUAGCGAACAGAAAUACUACUGUGAGACUUGCUGCAGCAAACAGGAGGCUCAGAAACGGAUGAGGGUGAAGAAGCUUCCAAUGAUCCUUGCCUUGCAUCUGAAGCGGUUCAAGUACAUGGAGCAGCUACACCGAUACACCAAGCUCUCUUACCGAGUAGUCUUCCCCUUGGAGCUGCGACUCUUCAACACAUCGGGAGAGGCCAUCAACUUGGACCGCAUGUAUGACUUGGUGGCGGUUGUUGUUCAUUGUGGCAGUGGGCCUAACCGUGGACACUAUAUCACCAUUGUGAAGAGUCAUGGCUUUUGGCUAUUGUUUGAUGAUGAUAUUGUAGAGAAAAUUGAUGCACAAGCUAUUGAAGAAUUCUAUGGCCUGACAUCCGAUAUAUCAAAAAAUUCAGAAUCUGGAUAUAUUUUAUUUUACCAGUCAAGGGAAUGAUUGGGAAGACUUGUGACUUUCUCCAUACUCGAGUGGAUCGAUCCUGACCAACACUGUUAACUUGACUACUCUGUAGACGUGACCAAUACAGCCCACGCAGGAUCAUUGCUUGAUCGCUGACUAAAACUCCUAACUUAUGUCUAGAAGAUUCUCCCAUCUUAAGUCAUCAAGAAAAAGAACCAAUGUAUAGAGACUCGCAUUCAUCAGGUGAAUCCGCUGAAUUGAGGUAUAAUGUUGGCUAGAUGCUUGCAUCACCGUUAAAGACCAUUUCUUCACCCAUUCCUUUUCAGCAGUGAUUUUCAGACUGUUCCAUGUGGAGUUGUUGCGUUUCUUAAAUGAUCUACGAGUGUUCCUCAAUAAUAAGACCACUCAAAAUGAGAGCAAUCUAUGAGAUACCUACUAGUGGGGAGGUCUACGACAAUUUGCCACAGCCAGCUCGUCAAGGGGCAAGAGAUACACUAAUAUCAAAGGAACAGAAAUAGAACCAUUAAAGGACGCUAAAGAAAGGACAAAAUGAAACGUGAAUGGCAAUAAUUACCGUAUUUUUCAGAGUAUAAGAUGCACGUUUCCCCAUCCCCUCCCCAAAGAAGGUGAAAUUUUGGGUGCGUCUUAUACACCGAAUGUAGCCAAAACCGCGAGGCACAGAGGCUGCGAUGGUCUGUGGCAAUCCCUGCAGCCUGGAACAGCUGAUUGGGGGUAUUCCAGGAGGCAGAUCCACCCGCCAGUCAGGCUGAAUCAGGCUGCAAUAAUGUGCUGAAGCUGACCUGGGUUUUGGCUAUUUGCUGCAAGGACUCAGAGUUUGCAGCAGCAAUCACAUCCAGAAAGCACACACAACUAAUUGAUUCAGCAGGAUUCAAUAAUUUCUCUUUAUAUAUAACACAUGAAGUAAAAUAUACAAUACCAAAAGUAAGUUUUCCAAGCAAAACACAACAGAGGAGAGGAGUUUCAGUUUCAGUUUUGAGCAGCAGACUAGUUUGCAGCUUUAGCACAGACUCAGAGCUAAGCCAUGCCCAGGCUCCUUGCUGUCUCCUUCCUUGUUGCUCACACAGCAAAUCCUGUUUCAGUUUCCAAACAGCCCUCAACUCCCUCACAGUGACAGGAUGCUAGCCAGAUAAAUACGGAUGGAUGCUGGUAGGCAGAGGCAGAUUUUUUUUUUCUUAUUUUCCUCCCCGAAAACUAAGGUGCGUCUUAUACUCCAGAGCAUCUUAUAUUCCAAAAAAUAUGAUAAAUUAAAUUGUUGAGUUAUUGCAUGGUGAGUUAGCCAUGUCGGAUUGUCCUGUAGUGAGUUGGCUGCAGUAAGCAGUCCCAUUCCAUUACUAAGAUCCAUAUCAGACCAGGUGGUUCAUUGCUGAUCCCCAGGGGGAUAGAGAGGAAGGAAGGAAACUGUAUUUGAAGAAGCAAGAAUAUAUUCUCAGAAGGAAUAGGAUCUGCUGAAGAUGCUUCACUCAAGCCACUUCUCCCAAAUCAGGAACCAUAGUUAAUACCAGGGGUGAAAUCCAGCAGGUUCUGACAGGUUCUGAAGAACUGGUAGUGGAAAUUUUGAAUAGUUUGGAGAACCGGUAGAAGAUAUUUUGAGUAGUUCGGAGAACUGGCAAAUGCCACCCCUGGCAAGCCCUGGAGUGGGGUGGGAAUGGAGAUUUUGCAGUAUCCUUCCCCUGCCACGCCCACCAAGCAAUAUUACACCCACGAAGCUACGCCCACAGAACCGGUAGAAAAAAAUUUUGGAUUUCACCACUGGUUGAUCCCAAUUCCUUAAAGCAGCUUUUCCCGACCUGUAUAUUUCUAGAUGUUUUAGGCUGCAACUUGCAUCUUUGAGCUUUUCCCAUGCUGUUCAGGGAUAGUGUAAGUUGUUGUCUAAAACAUCUGGGUGGCAUCCAGCUCAGGGAAUGCUGAUUGUUCUAUCUGUUCAGCCCAUAACUACAGUAUAGGUAGUCCUCAAUUGCGACUGUAAUUGAGCUACACCCGAUUUUAUGAGCUUUUUGGCAACAGUCAUUAAGUGAAAGCGGUGGUUGUUAAACAAACCUGCUUUAGCCAAUGGGCUAAAUGGAAGUAAAUGAUAGUUUACCGCAAAAAAAAAAUGCAGAAAAUCACUGUCAUGUGACCACAGAAUGCCACCAAUGGCCAGUUGGCAAGCAUCCAAAAAUGUGAUCACAUGACUGGCUGUUGGGAUUUUGAAACUGGGUGGUGAAUUAAUUCCGGGGAAGUCCAUCGUAAUUUUGAACGGUUGCUAAGCAAUCGGUCACCAUCAAGGACCACCUGCACUGAUGUUAGACUGAAGGUAUAAAAUGUAAAGUGCGCACAUGCAUUUUUUUAAUGCAUGAAUUCCAGGAAGCCUUACCCAGCCCAUGCUAUGAAGUGAAUUUUUAAGGGGCCUUGUAGUGUGGGUGGUGAAAAGGGUUUUCGUGUUGUAGGAAACCCGAAAUCAUUGCUUUAAAGGUCAUUGCUGGUCACGGAAAGGAAAGAUAAAUAUGUUUUUGGGAACUGGGCUUGGGCUGUGGAUUAUUUCACAUGGUGUUCUGUUCUCCCUUAGAGAAGCUCUGCGCUUGGGUGUAUUGAAAAAGAAAUCAAAUUGGCAACGCCAAGCCAUACUUUCCCUUAAAGUGAUUUUAGUCUCACUUAAAUCGUGCUGCAGAUCCACAUUCCCUGUUUAUUAGGGGGAUUUGGCACUGGGGAAAAAAAGUGGGGGGAGCUAUUUCUCCGGGUUCGCUUCAUUGCAAAUGUUACAGUUUUGUUCUUCACCCGAAGAGAUACCAAAAAUUUGGCUCUUGCUUUUUCAGAUCUGUUUUUGUAUCAACGCCGCAUGCAUCAUCCAGGAGUUGCAUAUCCAGUUAAGCAAAUAGGAAGCACAAUCCAAAGUUCUAUAAGGUUGAAACCCAUAAGCAGAAUCCCAGGCAAGCAGGGAUUUUUUAGUUCUUUUCCCUCUUGGAAGAUUGAACAGGUGUGCAUAUGAGAUCCUGCACGCUGCUGGAUUGAACAGUGGUGCUGAGCAGGGUGGGUUCUACUUACCUUUACUACCAGUUUGCAACGGGAGUGCGUGUGCAUGUGCAGAAGCCCCCUGAUGAUGUCAGGGCGGGUGGGCGGAGCCUCCCGCCGGUUUUACUACCGGUUCUAUAGAACCGGACAGAACCGGGAGCAACCCACCACUGGUGCUACAGAUUGCCACAUUUCAGUAAAUUUCGUGGACCGCAGAGAGCAAAACGGGAUGGACUUUCUGGAGUUCCCCAGGAUCUGUAACAUAUUUCUCAUCUGCAGUAAGAAGAAUCAAUUAUUGGGUUCUUCCGAUUCUUUGCCCUGAAGUAUGACGCAAGAAGUUGAAUUUUGGAUGAGUAGAAAAGAUUGCAAUUUCGAAGGCUCCCAGUGAGUUCAGUGUGAUGAAGUCAGUGGAGGAUAAUCGGCAAGAUCAAUAAGGGAGGCACAGAAUCACUGAGAGUUGAGGGUUUUUCAAUGCUAAGAGGUAAAACCUAACAUCUGUUUCUGGUAUCCCUACAAUCCUGCCUGACCUUUCUAGCUUAAGAAAUACAGGUAGUCCUCGAUUUACAACAGGGACCAAUUCAAAGUUACAACGGCACUGAAAAAAAGUGACUUACGACCAUUUUUCACAGUUAACGACAGUUCCAGCAUCCCCGUGGUCACACGAUCAAAAUUCCGACGCUUGGGAAGUGACUCACAUUGAUGACCGUCGCUGCGUCCCAAGGUCGUGUGAUCCCGUUUUGCAGCUUUCUUAACAAGCGAAGUCAACGGGGAAGCCGGAUUCACUCAACAACCGGGUUUUAUCAAGUGCAGCGAUUCGCUUAACGACCAAGACAAGAAAGGCGGUGAAAUGGGGCAAAAUUCUCCUUUAGCAAAUGCCUCACUUAACAGCAGGAAUUUUGUGGUCGUAAGUCGAGGACUACCUGUAAAAGCUCAAUUUUGAGUGGUCCCCAUCAGGUUUUAUGUCACAGAAUAAAUGGGCCACAAUUGACUGCAAUGUUCUUACCAGUCAUUUUACAACAGUUUAUAGAGCUACCUUGAAUGGGUGCUUUACAACGCACAAAGUACUUCCGGUUGUCAUAACGCAGGGGUGUCAUGGCCUGACAUCUGGAUGCAGCCUGCAGGGUGCUUAGAUCUGGCCGGCCAUCACAAGCACCUCUGACACGAGUGACGUCAAACUAGCCAUACCCACCUUGGCCACAUUCAACCUGCCCCCCCCCCCCCCGAGGUCAAAUACAACCCUGAUGCGGCUGUCAAUGAAAUCGAGUUUGAUACCCCUGUCGUAAAGUGUCAUUCCCCUCCCCUUCCCCCCCGCAAGGUCCCAUGAUAGCUCACCUUUAUUGACCGGUUGCAACGUCCCAUGGUCACAUGACUGCAAUUUUACAACUUUUUUGCUAGCUUAUGGCAAAAAAAAACAACAGCCGCAACAACAACCCAUUCAGAAAAAUGGGUUCCCUUAUCAAGACACAUCAUUCACUUAAUGGCUGAGGGGAUUCGCCUAAUGACUGCUGUGAAAAACUGGUGUGGUCACAUUAGUGCCCCAACUCGCGACCAGAUUUCUAGUCUCAAAGCGUCCUAGGAUGAGGACAAGCUGCAUUGAGCCAGAGAAUUUUUUUAAAAACCCUCUUUUUCCUUCAAAAUUAUAGUCGCUACAUGUGCAGGACAGUUCUGACCCCAAAUAUGUUCUUGAGGGAACCUGUUUUCCCUUUCCUCUCACAGAAGUGAGGAACUGCCAAUCGGAUCCAAAGAAAAAAGAAUAAAAUGCUGUACUUUUAAUGCAACAGCUAAAUAUCGCGGUACCUACUGGAUAUAGCCAUUCCCAGGAGAAUCCCAUCAUUUUUCUGAUGCGAUAAUUAAGAUCCGUCCUCUCGGCAGGAAUGAAGGAUGAAGACGAUAGGGACAGUGCUUCUAAUUUGCUUUGGCUCUAAGAACAGCUCGAAAUGUAGGUGUCGAACAGUCUUCACUCCUAAGAUUUAAGCACGAGUGAACAAUUACUGGAUUGCAAGUAUUUUUGAUUUCCUGACUUCUACCUUUUUAAAAGGAAACUUUUUUUUCCCCCUUGCUUUAACUAAUUGUUUAAAAUGGCGUUUGAGGAAGUGAAAGUAAAGAGCAAGCUGCAUAAUUAAGAAGCUGGGAAACUAUUUCUGGAUUGUAACGAAUUGAGCUCUCCUAUACUUAAAGGGAAAACGGCGUUUAUUUGCUGAGAAUGUGAAAGUGAAUGGAGAUUUUAUCUUAUUGUGUUGGACUGUGGAUUGUUGGAUUAUAUUAGUUUGUUUAAGUAUUUCAUAAGGGGAUUCUCCGUAAGAACUUCGCCGUGAAGGCUCUUUCAGAAGAAUGGAUUCGUGACUUUAUACAGGAUUAUACAGAAAGAAUGUAUUUAAUUAUUCAAAAAUACGAAUUGAUACAAAAUGGGGAUGUUUUUGAUGAGAGCUUGGAGGAAAUUAACCAGUGUAAUCAGUACUUGGAUGGAAUGGAGGUACAAACAAAAAUGGAUAAAAAUGAAGAUAUGAUCGUGAAUAAACAAGAUGAUCUAAGUUUAGAUGAAAUGCCUGAAUCUGUGUUACAAGAGGCUGUCUCCCGAAUUGGAAAAAUUCACAGGGUUAAUGCUUUCCAAGAGUUUUCUUUCCAGACUGAUGGAAUAUAUGGCAGUAACUUGUGGAUUGUUGGACAUAAGGAACUAUCAGGAAAUAUUGUGAUUGACUUUUUAAAAGGAGUAAUGAAGGAAAGACAGAGACUAAUGCAUCAAAUAAAAUGGCAAGAGAUAAAAGUAUUAUCCUUGAAAGAAUCUUUUUUUGAAAUAUUAACAGAUAAAAACAUUAGCGUCCCUGAAAGACUUUAUGUGAGAAAGAUCUGGAAGAAAUGGGUUGAUUACAUGUUUCACAUCUAUCAUAAAAGACUAAAUAUUUGGAUUUAUAUUGGAUUUUGAAUAUAAAGUUGAGAUACUGUAAUUUUUUGUGUUCAAAUUAUAUAUAAUGUGUUCUA